GCGCCGCGCUGUCAGUGUAUAGACGGCGCGGAGCUGAGCGCGCGUCCCGACAUGGCCCGACCCGCGGCGCUCACGCUGAGCCUGCUCAUCAUCAGCGCCACCCACGCCCAGGACUACUACAAGACGCCCAGAAUAGGCCCCUCCAAGCUCGCGUCCUGCUACACCAACGACGGACAACCACAGCGAUGCAUCCCGGAGUUCGAGAACGCGGCCUACAUGGUGCAGAUGGACGUGACCAACACCUGCGCCGACAGUGGGGAGACCAUGUACUGCAUCCAGACGUCUGCCGGCACCUCCACCAGGUCAUGUGACAUCUGCCAGCCGAACCAGUUCUCCAGCUACUUCCUGACGGACCUCCAUCACGAGCAGGAGGACCAGACCUGGUGGCAGUCCGAGACCAUGAAGGAGGGCAUCCAGUACCCCAACCAGGUCAAUCUGACGCUGCACUUAGGUAAGGCCUACGACAUCACGUAUGUCCGUCUGGUGUUCUACUCGCCGCGUCCGCAGAGUUUUGCCAUCUACAAGAAGACCAGCGAGGAUUCAGACUGGGAACCAUUCCAAUAUUUCAGUGCCUCCUGUCGAGACACGUACGGCGUGACGGAGCAGCGGGCGGCGGAGCUCGGGGCCGAGACCAGGGCCCUCUGCACCAGCGAGUACUCGGACAUAUCCCCGCUGUCUGGAGGCAACGUGCUGUUCUCUACUCUGGAGGGACGCCCCUCGGCGUACACCUUCGAUAAUAGUCCGGAACUGCAGGAAUGGGUGACAGCGACGGAUCUGCGCAUCUCGCUCGACCGGCUCAACACGUUCGGAGACGAGAUCUUCGGGGACGUGCAGGUGCUGCAGUCGUACUGGUACGCCAUUGCUGACGUGGCCGUCGGGGCGAGGUGCAAGUGCAAUGGACAUGCGUCUGUGUGUGACACUCAGGAGGCCGCUGAUGGGUCGAGGAGCCGCGCUUGCAGAUGUGAGCACAACACGGCGGGUCGCGAGUGCGAGCGCUGUCUGGACUUCUACAACGAUGCGCCGUGGGGGCGCGCCUCCCCGACUAAUGUACACGAAUGCAAAGCGUGCAACUGCAACGGUUUCUCCAACAAGUGUUACUUCGACAAAGAGCUAUACGAGCGGACGGGCCACGGAGGCCAUUGCAUCGAGUGCGCCGAGAACCGGGACGGGGCCAACUGCGAGAGAUGUCGAGAGAACUACUUCCAGGCGGCCGGCGACGUGUGUCUGCCGUGCAACUGCAACUCUGUCGGUUCCCGCAGCCUGCAAUGCAACUCGGAAGGCAAGUGCCAGUGCAAGCCCGGCGUGACGGGGGACAAGUGCGACGUGUGCGAGCCGAACCACUACGAGUUCACCACUCAGGGCUGCAAGCCUUGUGGGUGCAACGAGUCAGGGUCGUACGGGAACACGCCCCGGUGCGACCCGGUGUCUGGAGUCUGCAUGUGCAAGCAGAACGUGGAAGGAAGGCGCUGUAGAGAAUGCAAACCUGGCUUCUUCAACUUGGACCUGACGAACGACUUCGGGUGCACCCCCUGUUUCUGCUUCGGCCACUCCUCGGAGUGUGACUCGGCGCCCAAGUACCAGGCUGCUCUCAUCAGUGCUCACUUCAUCCGGGACAGCGAGAAGUGGAAGGCAGAGGACGACCACAGGAGCAUAGUGCCGCUGCAGUUCAAUGCUAACACGCAGAAUAUUGCCGUGUCUGCCAAGAACUCUGAAGUGGUCUACUUCUCGGCACCACCACAGUUCCUUGGAGACCAGCGAGCGUCAUACAACCACGACUUGAAGUUCACUCUGCGGCUGGGUGAAGACAGAGGUUAUCCAUCUUCCCAAGAUAUCAUCCUGGAAGGAGCCAAGACUUCCAUUUCUAUGAACAUCUACGGUCAAAAUAAUCCAGAGCCAACUGAUCAGCCUCAAGAAUACACGUUCCGUCUCCACGAAGAUUCUCGCUACGGCUGGACGCCCACCCUCUCAACGUUCGAGUUCAUGUCUGUAUUGCAAAAUAUCACCGCCAUUAAAGUCAGAGGAACCUACAACCGAGCUGGUGUCGGCUACUUGAUGAACUUCAAGUUGGAGACCGCCAAAGAAGGCAGGGAGAAGGGUUCCGGGCCAGCUAACUGGGUGGAGAAAUGUUCGUGCCCGAAAGCCUAUGUCGGGGAUUAUUGUGAGGAGUGUGCCCCAGGGUACAGGCACUCGCCAGCCAAUGGAGGCCCGUACUCUAGGUGUAUUCCUUGCGACUGCAAUGGACACGCGCAUAUCUGUGACACUUCUACUGGUUUCUGUAUCUGCAAACACAACACGACGGGAAGCAACUGCGAGCUCUGUGCCAAGGGCUACUACGGCAACGCCAUCGCCGGGACUCCGGAAGACUGCAAGCCCUGUCCGUGUCCCAAGGACAGUGGCUGCAUCCAGCUCAUGGACGGUGGCAUCGUCUGCACUGAUUGCCCGAAUGGGUAUGCUGGACCAAAAUGUGAAGUAUGCGCGGAUGGCCACUUCGGGGACCCGUUGGGCCAGUUCGGGCCUGGCCAGGAGUGCCAGGAGUGUCAGUGCAACGGGAACGUGGACCUGAAUGCUGUGGGCAACUGCAACCGCACCACCGGAGAGUGUUUGAAGUGCAUCUACAACACUGCUGGCGACCAUUGUGACAAGUGCUUGAGCGGAUACUACGGAGAUGCCUUGGAUCAGAAGAAAAAGGGUGACUGCAAGCCUUGUGGUUGCCAUGAGCUUGGGACUAUUGAGAGCAAGGAGGGGCCACCGGAGUGCGACGGACUGACCGGAUACUGUUCGUGCAGGCCCCACGUCAUCGGGCGGAACUGUGACAAGUGUGAGGACGGCUACUACGACAUCAACUCGGGCGAGGGCUGCAAGGCGUGCGACUGCAACCUCGAGGGAGCCUACAACUCCACAUGCAACGCCUACACCGGACAGUGCUACUGCAAGCCUGGCAUCACUGGUGCCCACUGCGACCAAUGCAAGCCGUACCACUACGGAUUCUCCAUCGAGGGCUGCAGCGACUGCGACUGUGAUGAGUGGGGCUCCACCAACUACCAGUGCGACGUCAACGGACAGUGCUCCUGCCAGGAGAACGUGGAGGGAAGACGGUGUGACAGGUGUAUGGAAAACAAGAAGCGUCGUGGUGACGGCCAGGGCUGUGAGGACUGCCCUGCCUGCUACAAUCUCGUGCAAGAAGCCGUGGACCAACACAGACAAGAACUCAAGGAGCUGGAUGAGAUCCUGUCAAAGAUCUCCAAGGCGCCGACGGUGGUGGAGAACGCGGACUUCGACAACGAGCUGCGCCGAGUCCGGGCCGAGAUCGAACAGCUGGUGGCUGACGCGACGGCGGAGGAGGGAGCUGGGGGAAGCUCCGUCACUGACACCCUGGGCGAGUUGGGAGACAGGAUCGCUGAUAUCAGGAACAUGCUGCUGAAGGUGGACGCCGGCAGCUACGAGGGCAAGGACGCCGUGGAGAGGAGCAUGGGCAACAUCUCCAAGGCCGAAGACACCAUCGAGGCCGCCCAGAAGGAAAUUAACAGCGCCUUAGAAUACUUGGACGGCGAGGGCGCAGCGGCUCUCGCUAAGGCCAGAAACAGAUCGGAGCAGUUUGGCAAACAGUCGGUGGAUAUGUCCAGCUUGGCCAAGGAGUCCAGACUGAUGGCAGAGAAACUGGAAAACGAGGCCAAGAACAUCAAGGAGAUCGCUGACAAAGCUCACAACACCUCCUUGGCUGCCAACACACUGGCCAAGGACGGCAUCAACAAGCAGGCUAAUAUUAGUAUGGAAGUGCAAAUUCUGGCCAACGAGCUCGACGGAGCCAAGGGCAAGCUGAGCAGCAUGACGGAACUGGCAGAACAGGUGCUGAAGAGGGCCAAGACGGUCUACGAAGAGGCCCUGGACCAAUAUGCAGAGGUCAACAGGACCAUCCUCCCUGACUACAAACUCCAGGAUAUCCAGGGGAGCGCUAAGGAGUUGAAUAAGAAGAUCGACGAGCUAAGCGAGAAGCUGAAGAAGCUGGAGGAAGAGAACCUGGGCCCGCUGCAGAGCCUCGAGGAGGCCGUCAGGCACGGCCGGGAGCUGCUCGACCAGGGCCAUGACAGACAAGACGAGCUGAACGAGCUGCUGACCCGCCUGGACGAGCUGCAGGCGCUGGCCAAGAACGACGUGGAGCUCACCAAGGACACGCUCAAGGACGCCAACGAGAUCUACAAGACCUUGAAAGAAUUCAGCGACCAAGUGACAGAGUCCCGGCAGCAAGCGGAGCAAGCUCUGCUCGACGUGCCCACGGUUCAGGCGAAGGUGGCUGCGGCUGAGGACAGCAUCUCCAACAUCGUGGAGGAGCUGAACACCGCCAGCGACCGAGCGCGGGACGCCCGCGAUCUCGCCCAGCAAGCGCAGAAGGACUACGCUGAUAAGGCUUCGGAGGCCGCUCACGAAAUUAAAAAGAAGGCAUCUUCAGCUAGAACCGAAGCUGGUAAACUGAAGGAUGAGGCUGAGAAGUUAUCAGGUCGCGUGGAGGAGACCGGCAAGCAGAUCCAGGAGCUGGAGACGCAGGCCGCCGACAACAUGCAGCUCACUAAGGACGCCAAGAUGAAGGUGGCCCAAGCCAACACGGACGCGCGGGAAGCCGAGAAGCAGGUGACCAGCGGGCUGGAGGACCUCCGGGUCAUCAUGGAGGAGCUCAAGAACCUGCCCACGCUCGACGAUGAAGCCUUGAACCGGCUGCAGGAGAGUCUGGACACGGCCGAGAUCGAACUGCAGACGGCCGACUUGGACGGGAAGAUCAAAUCCCUCACUGAAGCCAAGAAUAACCAUCAGAGAUGGAUGAAGCAAUACCAGGACGAGCACGACCAGCUGAGCCAGGAGGUGGCCAACGUGAAGGACAUCCUGGACCAGCUCCCCGACGGCUGCUUCAAGCGCAUCGUCCUCGAACCCACUGAGGGGCCCAGCCGACUGUCGUCCUUCAGAUAGACAGACGCCAUGUUUAAACUCCGGAGACCUAGAGACCUAAAAUUUCACAACGUUCAGUAUCGCGACUAUAAGGUUUUCGAACCUCCGUUUAUGUUGCGUAUCGUCAACUGUCACUGACAAACUGGCUUUGUUAGUUCCAAAAGUGACAUUUGUUUUUCCAUUAUGUUUGUGUAGUAUUGAAAAUAGUAUCGAAAUUCCCACUUGAGCCCGUGAUAAGCCUACAGUUUUCGGCGGCUGCAAACUUAACUUUGUCUGAACCGUGUGGGUCUCCACAUUGUGUCAUCGUAUCUCUGGGUCUCUAAGAGAAUAAAGAAGGACCAAUUAUAGUGCCUUAAACUGUUCCCGUUAGCUUGUAGUGAUGCCAAGUUAUCUGUAAUUGGGGAAUGCCAACAUUUUAAGUACGUCAGCUCAGGUUGCCACUGCAGCUCUUACUAGAAGUUCAAUGGUCGUUCAUUGCGUAAAGUUAAUUUUAACAGGUACAGAUAAGUUGAUUUCACUAUAGCACUUAUUUUUACAGAUUACCUUUUAGCAUAUUUUCAGCAUUGAUUUGUAUUGGAAUCAUUGUUUGAAAUGUGGUAACUUAUUCAUAAUAAUGAAGACUUGGUUCUGUGUUGAAUUGUUUGCAUUUUUGUACUUAGAUUUUUUAAGUUGUUUCUGCGUUUUCCUAAGCUUGGAGGCUAAUUUUAAUGUUGUGCUAGGUAUAAAUGUAAUGGCUAAAGUAUGUUUGUGACCGAAAUACUAUGUUAACUGUAGUGCCAUAGUUAAGGAGACUUGACUAAUUGUAAAUAUUUAAAAUAACUAUUCUUUAUUAUAAGUUGCGUAUGCGUUUUCUUUAUUCAAUUAUAUUUUAUUGGUUUACCUACUUAUCUAAAAGUAUGUUUCUACUCUACUUGCCAAAGAUACAAAAAAAAAUUAUUUCGUAAUUCACGUCAAAAUUUACCUACUUAUAAUGUGAGUUUUUAACAUUAAAAUAAAAUGGAAUACCUACGUCUAAAAAUAAACGUUUUAGUAUAAA